AUGACGACCCCACGUGACAAACGUCCGUUGUACCCACAGAUUUCGAAGGCUCGAGAGGUCCCUAUGAGCCUGCAGAACGAUACGUCCAAGGACGAGGAGUUGGCUCGUCAGCUUCAGUACGGCCAGGGCCACGUGAUGGCCGUUGCGCAGCCUGUCCAGCAGACUGAGAUGCCGUACAAGUGUGGCAACUGUGGGAUGACACACGUUGUGCGAAAUGUGGCGCACAACUCGGCGUUCUAUUGCACGGCAUGCGGUGCUCAGAACCAGAUUAUACUGGAGCACCGUCGCCCUGCGGUUGUUGUCGACCACUCGUUCGGCUUUGUGCCAAUUCCUCUCUUUUGCGCUGUCAUGUAG